GCUGAGGCUCCUCGCGGGCCACGCCCCCGGGUCCUCCGGGGUCUUGCGCGCGGGGUGGAGCCUUCCUCGUGACCUUUCACCCCAGCAUGGCUGCGCCCGUGAGACCAGUGAAGUUCUGGCGACCCGGUACAGAGGGACCAGGUGUCAGCAUUUCUGAAGAGAGACAGAGCCUCACUGAAAACUCUGGGACAACCAUCGUUUACAACCCGUAUGCUGCCCUUUCUAUAGAGCAGCAGAGGCAGAAGCUGCCUGUGUUCAAGCUUAGGAAUCAUAUUUUAUACUUGAUAGAAAACUAUCAGACAGUGGUGAUUGUGGGAGAAACAGGAUGUGGGAAGAGCACACAAAUUCCUCAGUACCUUGCAGAAGCUGGCUGGACAGCCGAGGGGAGAGUGGUUGGAGUGACCCAGCCUCGGAGAGUGGCGGCUGUCACGGUUGCAGGCAGAGUAGCUGAGGAAAGGGGUGCAGUGCUGGGCCACGAGGUGGGCUACUGCAUCCGCUUUGAUGACUGCACCGACCCGCUGGCGACAAGAAUUAAGUUUCUUACUGAUGGAAUGCUGGUCAGAGAAAUGAUGGUCGAUCCAUUAUUAACAAAAUAUAGUGUCAUCAUGCUGGAUGAAGCCCAUGAGAGGACCUUGUACACUGACAUUGCCAUUGGCUUGCUAAAAAAGAUUCAGAAAAAGCGAGGAGAUCUUCGCUUAAUUGUGGCUUCAGCCACUCUGGAUGCAGAGAGAUUUCGGGAUUUCUUUAAUCAGAACGAAACCAGCGACCCAGCCAGGGAUACAUGUGUGAUCCUCACAGUGGAAGGGCGAACAUUUCCAGUGGAUAUCUUUUACCUACAAAGUCCUGUUCCAGAUUAUAUCAAAUCAACUGUGGAUACUGUGGUGAAAAUUCACCAGACAGAAGGAGAUGGAGACAUCCUAGCAUUUCUUACUGGCCAGAUGAAAGUGUUUAAAAGAGUGUCACGCAGUGUCAGAAAGGUGAUCGUGGCCACCAAUGUGGCAGAAACCUCCAUCACCAUCAGCGGCAUUGUGUAUGUGAUCGACUGUGGCUUUGUGAAGCUCCGAGCCUACAAUCCCAGGACAGCCAUCGAGUGCUUGGUGGUGGUACCGGUUUCCCAGGCAUCAGCCAACCAGCGGGCUGGACGUGGUGGUCGCAACCGCUCAGGAAAAUGCUACCGCCUUUAUACAGAGGAAGCCUUUGACAAGUUGCCCCAAUCUACUGUUCCCGAGAUGCAGCGUAGCAACUUGGCACCUGUCAUCCUGCAGCUGAAAGCGCUGGGGAUUGACAAUGUCCUCAGGUUCCACUUCAUGUCGCCCCCUCCGGCACAGUCGAUGGUCCAAGCUUUGGAGCUCCUCUAUGCUCUGGGAGUCGGCAUGAGAAUAGCAGAGUUUCCUUUGAAUCCCAUGUUUGCCAAAAUGCUUCUUGAAUCAGGAAAUUUUGGCUGUUCUCAGGAAAUUCUUAGCAUCGCAGCAAUGAUGCAGAUCCAGAAUAUCUUUGUGGUCCCCUCCAAUCAGAAGUCUCAGGCAAUUCGAGUGCACCGGAAGUUUGCUGUGGAGGAGGGCGAUCACCUCACUAUGCUCAAUGUGUACGAAGCGUUUAUUAAACACAAUAAGAACUCUCAGUGGUGUCAGGAACAUUUCCUGAAUUAUAAGGGUCUCGUCAGAGCUGCGACGGUGAGAGAACAGUUGAAAAAGCUUCUUGUCAAGUUUCAAGUGCCCAAGAAGUCUAGUGAAGGUGAUCCAGAUCCGGUCCUGAGGUGCAUUGUUUCGGGAUUCUUUGCAAAUGCAGCGAGAUUUCAUUCUACUGGAGCUUAUAGGACUAUCCGUGACGAUCAUGAACUGCACAUUCACCCCGCGUCGGUCCUCUAUGCAGAGAAGCCUCCUCGCUGGGUUAUCUACAAUGAAGUUAUACAAACCUCCAAGUAUUACAUGAGAGACGUGACUGCCAUCGAGUCUGCUUGGCUGUUGGAGCUGGCUCCACACUUCUACCAGCAAGGAACGCACCUGUCCCUGAAAGCCAAGAGGGCCAAGGUCCAGGACCAGUGAGCAGAGCUCCACUGCACUGCAGAGACUGCUUGGUGUCCUCUCUUCCCUGCCGUUGCCCUGGCCCCAGGGCAAGCAGCACCAGCUCCCAAGGAACCUUCGGCUGCUCUGCAGUAGGCAGCAGCCCUUCACUAGCCCCUCCUUCCCGCCUGUCAGCACUUACACUCCUUCCUGGAUCCUGGAGGAAUGUGUGCAUGGGCAGGCACCUGCUGCACUGCACCCGGGCAGAGCGGGAGUCGGUGGGCUGUGCUCCUUGGCUCGCUCAGCACGCGCACUAACCUGGCAUGCCACUUCCUGUAGGCACACAGUCCUCACCUAGUGUCAGGGGACACGAGGAGCAAAGUUAGCCAGCACUAUGUGAGGUGGCAGAGGGUUUGCACAGCCGUUGGCCAGUAAUGUCUGGUGUGGACAGACGAGUAUCUACGGACAGAUGAGACCUUGGAAACGCUGGGGAUUUCUGCCAGAAUCACCAAGGGCUGUGUGUGGUGGGCACAGGAGCUCCCCAGCAAGAAGCUUGUCUGUCCUCUGCCCAUGUUCCCGUUUGUCUGCGGUCGGGAGGUUGCAAGGGAUUGGUGAUUGAGAGGGGAGGGUUCGUGUGUGCCGAUUUUUGUUGGCCAAGGACUUCCGUGUUUCCCAAGUGGGCUUAGCUCUUAGAGUACAACACCACAGCCUGGUGCCCCGAGCUGAGCACUGGUGCCAGCUCGUCAGCUCAGGCCCCCGGGGGUUCUUCUGCAGCAGAAAUUUACACAGUUUAGAUGCUCUAAACUUCGUAGCUCAGGAACAUAACUGUUGUCUGUUCGUUUUUUCGUUUGUUUGCUUGUCCUUGCAGGAACACACUGGGCGGCUCUCCCAGCAGGCCCUGGUCUCAUAGCCGCCCAAGGCUUCUUUGCUGUGAUGACGUUGCAUUUCUGUAUGUGAUCGAACUGUUCCCCUUACUGUUUCAGUGACAUUUAUCUUAGAAACACGGAGCUUGGAAAUUUAUUUUUGUACUGGUAUUAGUUUGGAUGCACCACUUUUGGCACCAAACAUGUAUGUCAUUUUUAUUUCCAUUUUAUAAACAUGUAAAUAAUAGCAAUAACUUGUUAAUACUAGAAAACCUUUAUACCUAAAGUAAACACAUUCCCUCCCAUC